AUGUCGGGAAAUUCCCCACGAGAUUCUGGCGAUGACAUCGACCAAUUUCAUGCUGUUCCUGGAACCGAGAUCCUUUUUGACCAGGACUCGAAGCAUGGUGCCCUUGCCGACCGAAUCCACCAACUGGAGCACCUGAAAAAGGGUGACUCUCGCAUCUUACUUGUGCCACAGCCUUCGACCACGAAUCCAAAUGACCCGCUACGUUGGUCAGCUCUGAAGAAGAACAUAGUCUUCUUCAAUGGCUGCUGGUUUGCUUUCAUGGGAGCUAUCACCGGUCCCAUUAUGGCUGCUGGUAUGACUCAACUGUCCGUGACAUUCGACAAACCUCUCCAAGUAUUGACAUAUGCAAACGGGGCUUGUUUAAUCAAUCAAGGAGUUUGGAAUUUUGUCUGGAUGCCUUUCGCUAUCAAGUAUGGUCGUCGGCCUGUUUACCUAUUCUCCAGUCUCCUGAUGGGUAUAGCUUGUAUUUGGCUCGCGAUCGCAUCAAAUCGGACUUACACGGUAUUUCUUGUUGGGCGUGCAUUCCUGGGAGCCUUUGAAGCUCCUAUCGAAUCCAUCGUCCCAUCUACAGUCACUGAUAUCUUUUACCUACAUAAUCGAGGGCAACUUGUCGCAACCUAUGGCUUAUCAGUCCUAGGAGGCAAUGAACUUGGUCCCAUGUUCUCCGGAUUCAUUGUGCAAGCUCUAGGAAUGAACUGGGCAUUUUGGAUUGUCGCCAUAUUCAUUGGCGCUAACGUUGUCUCGAUCUUUUUCUUCAUGCCCGAGACCAAGUUCACAGGUCCUAGGCCACAUAUUUUUCCACCAUCGGACCAAACAGGCGAACAGCCUACGAGCAAGUCUGAUACCAACACAAAAGUAUCUACAAAAGAGCAAUCUGGUACGAAUUCGAAAAAGACCUGGUCAGAAGAACUCAAAUUUUGGAGCCGUGGAGACCCCAACGUUAAUUUGCUCCAUGCAUUUUUGCGACCCUUCGUACUAUUUGCCUACCCGACUGUUGUUUGGUCUUGUUUCAUCUACGGUUUAGCAUUAAGUUGGAACGUGAUACUCGGCGCCACAGUGGCACAACUUUUCGCAAGCCCUUAUGGAUUUGACUCUGAUGCGCAGGGUCUCUUCUUCCUGUCUCCAUUUAUCGGCUCUCUUUUUGGCAUGUACUUUUCUGGGCCAUGUGACGAUUGGAUUGCGAAUUACUUCACUAAACGCAAUCACGGAAUCCGAGAGCCCGAGAUGCGGUUGCCGACCUGUCUGGUUGCAGCAUUUUUCACCUUUUUCGGUGCCCUUUGGUUCGGUCUCUCUUAUGAACACCAUAUGCACUGGGCUAUGCCGGUUGUUGGGGCAGGAAUCUUGUCUGUCGGAAGUCAGAUGGGCACCACGUUAGGAAUGAGCUACGCGCUAGAUUGUCACCAAGAGCUCUCCGUGGAGGUCAUGGUAGCAAUCGCGGCGCUCAAAAGCGCUAUUGCCUGGAUUUGGACCUGGGUAAUCAAUGACUUUAUCACUGCGUGUGGUGUGCUCAGUGUUUUCAUGACGGUGGCUACUAUCAAUGUGGUCAUCUACUUGACUUAUAUCCCCCUUUACUUCAAAGGAAAGCAGAUCAGGAUGUGGCUGCAUCGCAAAAACUUUUUCCAAACAACAGGCCUUCUGUGA